AUGUAUAAGCGACGGGAUUACGUUGAGCUGUAUGAGAAAGACCAGGCAAAAUGGGCACUGCUGCGCAACGUCAACACCGUGUUCAAACACACAACGCUUUUACCGGGCGACUAUGUCUGGUUGGACCUCAAGACUGGACGGGAGUUUGAGGUUCCGAUCGGUGCCGUGGUCAAACUCUGCGAUUCGGGUCAGAUCCAGGUUGUGGAUGAUGAAGGCAAUGAACACUGGAUCUCUCCCCAAAAUGCCACUAACAUUAAACCCAUGCACCCCACCUCUAUCCAUGGGGUGGAGGACAUGAUUCGUCUGGGGGAUCUGAACGAGGCGGGAAUCCUCCGAAACCUGCUCAUACGCUACAGGGAGCAUCUUAUCUAUACUAACUGUGGAGGGAGGACAUACACGGGGUCGAUCUUGGUGGCAGUGAACCCUUACCAGCUUCUGCCCAUCUACACCGCAGACCAGAUCCGCCUCUACACCAACAAGAAGAUCGGAGAAAUGCCCCCGCAUAUUUUUGCCAUCGCAGACAACUGUUACUUCAACAUGCAGCGCAAUAACAAGGACCAGUGCUGUAUUAUUAGUGGUGAAUCUGGAGCGGGGAAGACAGAGAGCACAAAGCUCAUCCUGCAGUUCCUGGCUGCUAUCAGUGGGCAGCACUCCUGGAUAGAGCAGCAGGUGCUGGAAGCCAACCCCAUCCUGGAGGCUUUUGGGAAUGCCAAGACCAUCCGGAAUGACAAUUCCAGUCGGUUUGGGAAGUAUAUUGACAUUCACUUUAACAAGAGAGGAGCUAUUGAGGGGGCCAAGAUUGAACAGUACUUGCUGGAAAAGUCCAGGGUGUGUCGGCAGGCUCGAGAUGAGCGGAAUUACCACAUAUUCUACUGUAUGCUGGAGGGCAUGACCACAGAACAGAAGAAAAAACUGGGCCUUGGCAAAGCCAAAGACUACACCUACCUCACUAUCGGUGAGUGUACGGAGUGUGAGGGCAGGAAUGAUCAGAAGGAAUAUUCAAACAUCUGCUCUGCCAUGAAGGUUCUGAUGUUCACAGACAAAGAGAACUGGGAGAUCUCUAAGCUCCUGGCCUCCAUUCUGCACAUGGGAAACCUACGCUACGAAACUCGUACUUAUGACAAUUUGGAUGCAUGUGAGAUUGUGCGAUGCCCAGAUCUGACAAUGGCUGCUACACUGUUAGAGGUCGAUCCAAAGGAUUUAAUGAACUGUCUGACCAGUCGGACCAUCAUCACUCGUGGCGAGACGGUCUCCACGCCGCUCAGCAUGGAGCAGGCCCUGGACGUGCGAGACGCCUUCGUUAAGGGGAUAUACGGCCGGCUGUUUGUGUGGAUUGUGGAGAAGAUUAAUGCAGCCAUUUACAAGCCUCCCUCCACGGCGCCCAAGGCUGCCCGGCGCUCCAUCGGCCUGCUGGACAUCUUCGGAUUCGAGAACUUUACCAUUAAUAGCUUUGAGCAGCUCUGUAUUAACUUUGCCAACGAGAAUCUGCAGCAGUUCUUCGUCCGCCAUGUUUUCAAACUGGAGCAAGAGGAGUACAACCUGGAGAACAUCAACUGGCAGCAUAUUGAAUUCACUGACAACCAGGACGCUCUGGACAUGAUUGCCAUCAAACCCAUGAACAUCAUCUCCCUCAUCGACGAGGAGAGCAAGUUCCCUAAAGGCACAGAUACCACCAUGCUUAACAAGCUGAACUACCAACACAAACUCAACACAAACUACAUCCCGCCAAAAAACACAUACGAGACCCAGUUUGGCAUCCAACACUUUGCUGGCAUCGUCUACUAUGAGACAAGAGGCUUUCUGGAGAAGAACAGAGACACGCUGCACGGUGACAUUAUCCAGCUGGUUCACUCCUCCAAGAACAAGUUCAUCAAGCAGAUCUUUCAGGCUGAUGUCGCCAUGGGGGCGGAGACGAGGAAACGCUCUCCGACACUCAGCAGUCAGUUUAAACGUUCUCUGGAACUGCUGAUGAGGACAUUGAGUGUGUGUCAGCCCUUCUUCGUACGCUGCAUCAAACCCAAUGAGUACAAGAAACCCAUGCUGUUUGACAGGGAGCUGUGUGUCAGACAGCUCAGAUACUCCGGUAUGAUGGAGACCAUUCGGAUCCGCCGGGCCGGCUACCCCAUCCGCUACACUUUUGUGGAGUUUGUGGAUCGGUACCGUGUGCUAAUGCCUGGAGUCAAGCCUGCAUACAAACAGGAGGACCUGAGAGGGACCUGCCAGCGGAUUGCAGAGGCCGUCCUGGGAAGAGAUGAUGAUUGGCAGAUGGGAAAGACCAAGAUCUUCCUGAAGGACCACCAUGACAUGCUGCUGGAGAUAGAGAGAGACAAGGCCAUCACUGACAAAGUUAUCCUCAUUCAGAAAGUGGUUCGGGGCUUCAAAGACAGGUCAAACUUCCUGAAGAUGAGAAAAUCAGCCGUGUUGAUCCAGAAGACGUGGCGAGGUUACAACUGUAGGAAGAACUAUGGCGCAAUGCGUGCUGGUUUCUCAAGGCUGCAGGCUCUGUACCGAUCUCGGAAACUUUACCAGACGUAUCACGUGGCACGGCAACGGAUCACGCGCUUCCAGGGUCGCUGUCGGGGUUUCCUGGUCCGCAAAGCCUUCCGUCAUCGUCUCUGGGCGGUAAUCACCAUCCAGGCCUACACCCGUGGCAUGAUUGCACGACGCCUCUACAAAAGACUCAAAGGCGAGUACCGGCGACGUUUGGAGGCUGAGAAGAUGCGCCUAGCCGAGGAGGAGAAGCUGAGGAACCAGAUGAGUGCCAAGAAGGCCAAAGCAGAGGCCGAACGCAAACACCAGGAGAGGCUCGCACAACUGGCAAAGGAGGACGCUGAACGAGAGAAAAAAGAGAAGGAGGAAGCACGACGGAAGAAAGAAAUGGUGGAGCAGAUGGAACGCGCUCGCCACGAGCCUGUGAAUGAUUCUGACAUGGUGGACAAAAUGUUUGGCUUCCUGGGCACCACCAACUCCUUCCCAGGCCAGGAGGGCCAGGCCCCAGCAGGGUUUGAGGACUUAGAGCAGACACAGAAGGAACUGGAGGAAGAGGAUCUGGAUGAGGCUCUUCCCCUGCCUGAUGAUGAAGAGGAGGAUCUGUCUGAAUAUAAGUUUGCCAAGUUCGCUGCUACAUACUUUCAGGGCACCACCACUCACUCCUAUGUCCGCCGCCCCCUCAAACAGCCCCUGCUCUUCCACGAGGACGAGGGUGAUCAGCUGGCUGCGUUGGCUGUGUGGAUCACAGUGCUGAGGUUCAUGGGAGAUCUGCCAGAGCCUAAGUACCACACGGCCAUCAGUGACGGCAGCGAGAAGAUCCCAGUGAUGACCAAGAUCUAUGAGACUCUGGGCAAGAAGACGUACAAGAGAGAGCUGCAGGCACUGCAGGGCGAGGCAGAGAACUCUCACUCUGACAGUCAUAAGAAGAGCAGUGUCCGUCACAAACUAGUCUCCCUCACCCUUAAGAAGAAGUCAAAGAUUACGGAAGAGGUGACCAAGCGACUGAAUGACGGUGAAUACUCCCUGCAUGGUAACAGCAUGCUGGAAGAUCGACCCACCUCCAACCUGGAGAAACUCCACUUCAUCAUCGGCAAUGGCAUUCUCCGCCCUGCUCUUAGGGAUGAGAUCUACUGUCAGAUCUGUAAGCAGCUGACUCAGAACCCGUCCAAAAGUAGCCACGCCCGUGGAUGGAUCCUCAUGUCCCUGUGUGUGGGCUGCUUUGCUCCCUCUGAGAAGUUUGUCAAAUACCUGAGAAACUUCAUCAGUGGAGGACCUCCAGGGUAUGCCCCUUACUGUGAGGAGAGACUCAGAAGAACCUUUGUCAAUGGGACAAGGACGCAGCCCCCGUCUUGGCUUGAGCUUCAGGCCACCAAAUCGAAGAAGCCCAUCAUGCUUCCUGUGACCUUCAUGGACGGGACAACGAAAACUCUGUUGACUGACUCAGCGACCACGGCCAGGGAGCUGUGUAAUGCCUUGUCAGACAAGAUCAACCUCAUAGACCGAUUUGGGUUCUCCCUCUACAUUGCACUGUUCGAUAAGGUGUCCUCUCUGGGCAGCGGUAGUGACCAUGUGAUGGACGCUGUGUCCCAGUGUGAGCAGUAUGCUAAAGAACAGGGCGCUCAGGAGCGCAAUGCCCCCUGGAGGCUGUUCUUCCGUAAAGAGAUCUUCACACCCUGGCACAACCCAACAGACGAUGCCGUAGCCACCAACCUCAUUUACCAACAAAUAGUGCGCGGGGUGAAGUUUGGAGAGUACCGCUGUGAUAGGGAGGACCUGGCAGAGCUGGCCUCCCAGCAAUACUAUGUGGACUACGGUUCGGAGAUCCUCCUGGAGCGCCUGCUCAGCCUAAUCCCCUCGUACAUCCCCGACAGAGAGAUCAGCUCUGCCAAGACUGUAGAGAAAUGGGCCCAGUUUAUCAUGGCCGCACACAAAAAGGGCAUUUAUGCACAGAAGAGGUUUGACCCACAGAAAGUCAAAGAGGAGGUGGUUGAUUUCGCUCGAUACAAGUGGCCUUUGUUAUUUUCGAGAUUUUAUGAAGCCUUCAAAUUUUCGGGCCCCAGCCUGCCAAAGAAUGACGUCAUUGUGGCAGUGAACUGGACAGGUGUUUACUUUGUGGAUGAGCAAGAGCAGGUGCUUCUGGAACUUUCUUUCCCAGAAAUCACUGCAGUCUCCAGUAGCAGAGGGGGUAAGCUUCAGGGCCAAAGCUUCACCCUGGCCACCAUUAAAGGAGAUGAGUACACGUUCACCUCCAACAAUGCCGAGGACAUCCGUGACCUGGUGGUCACCUUUCUGGAGGGUCUGAGGAACAGGUCCAAAUUUGUAGUGGCCCUACAGGAUAACCCCAACCCUGUUGGUGAUGAGUCUACCUUCCUGAGUUUCCUGAAAGGUGAUCUCAUUGUGCUGGACCAGGACACGGGUGAACAGGUCAUGACCUCGGGCUGGGCUCAUGGAGUGAAUGACCGGACCAAACAGAAAGGCGACUUCCCGGCCGACUGUGUUUACGUCCUACCCACUGUUACCAGGCCUCCGCCAGACAUUGUGGCAUUGGUAACCAUGACGCCAGACCAGCGUCAGGAGUCCAUCAGGUUGUCUGAGGUUGUCAUGCAGGAGACCGAGGAGAGAGCGAAGCCAUACACACUAGAAGAGUUUUCCUAUGACUACUUCAGGCCUCCGCCCAAACACACGUUGAGUCGAGUGAUGAUCACUAAAAACAGGGGGAAGGACAAGCUGUGGUGCUGCACACGGGAGCCACUCAAACAGCCCCUGCUCAAGAAAGUCCUCGCCCAUGAGGAACUCUCCCAGGAAGCCUGCAUGGCUUUCAUCGCCGUGAUGAAGUAUAUGGGGGAUUACCCGUCGAAGAGGACCCGCUCUGUAAAUGAACUCACUGAUCAGAUCUUCGAAGGAGCAUUGAAGGCGGAGCCUCUCAAAGACGAGAUCUUCUGUCAGAUCCUCAAACAGCUCACAGAGAACCACGUCAAGUACAGUGAAGAGAAAGGCUGGGAACUGCUCUGGCUGUGCACUGGUCUCUUCCCUCCCAGUAACGUCCUCCUGCCUCACGUUCAGAGGUUCCUUCAGUCCAAGAAACACCACCCACUGGCUGCAGACUGCAUGCAGAGACUACAGAAAGCCUUACGGAACGGCUCCAGGAAGUACCCUCCUCACCUGGUAGAGGUUGAGGCCAUCCAGCACAAGACCACACAAAUCUUUCACAAAGUCUACUUCCCAGACGACACUGAUGAGGCUUUUGAGGUGGAGUCCAGUACCAAGGCCAAGGACUUCUGUCUGAACAUCUCCGGACGGCUCCUGCUCAAAUCCUCAGAGGGUUUCAGUUUGUUUGUGAAGAUCUCUGACAAGGUGAUCAGUGUCCCAGAGGGGGAUUUCUUCUUCGACUUCGUCAGACAUCUCACCGACUGGAUCAAGAAAGCAAGACCUGCCAAAGAUGGUAUAGUGCCUUCAUUGACCUAUCAGGUGUUCUUCAUGAAGAAGCUGUGGACAAACACAGUUCCAGGGAAGGACUCUUUUGCCGACUCCAUCUUCCACUACUAUCAGGAGCUUCCAAAGUAUCUCCGUGGUUACCAUAAGUGUUCACGAGAAGAGGUCUUCCAGCUGGCGGCACUGAUUUACCGUGUCAAAUUUGAGGAUGACAAAUCCCAUUUUCCCAACAUUCCCAAGAUGCUAAAAGAACUGGUUCCUCAGGACUUGAUUCGGCAGCUCUCCCCGGAUGACUGGAAAAGGUCAGUUGUGGCGUAUUUCAACAAGCAUGCAGGAAAAUCGAGAGAGGAAGCCAAACUGAUGUUCCUCAAGAUCAUUUUCAAGUGGCCCACAUUUGGGUCAGCUUUCUUUGAAGUGAAGCAAACCACUGAGCCAAAUUUCCCAGAGAUCCUUCUAAUAGCCAUCAACAAGCACGGGGUUAGUCUCAUCGACCCAAAGACCAAGGAUAUUUUAACAACACAUUCCUUCACAAAGAUCUCUAACUGGAGCAGCGGUAACACAUAUUUUCACAUCACCAUUGGCAACCUGGUGCGAGGGAGCAAGCUUCUGUGUGAGACUUCAUUGGGCUAUAAGAUGGAUGACCUCCUGACUUCUUACAUCAGCCAGAUGCUAACCACUAUGAGUAGGCAGCGCGGCUCGCGGGGUGGAGGACACAACAAGUGA